CUGAUCAGCUGACCACGAGGUUUUGGAGCUUGUAACUCUGCAGCAAGUUAUUUAUUAGUUUUCAACUGUUUGUUUAUAUUAAUUAAAUUUAUUUAAUACAUUCAAAAAAAAGAAAUAAUAAUAGCAAGUAUUUUUAAAAAAUUAUUUGAAUUUUUUGUGUGAAGUUAAAAAAGAAAAAAUGGAAGAUGAUUUUAAAGAGUUUGCUAGUGACAUAAAUAUUAUUAAACAAUUAAAAAAUUUUAAUGAAGCUGUCAGCAAUAUUGAAAAGUUUUUAAAAAUGUCAGAUGAUCCGCUUUUUUAUGAUAAAUUAAAUAAUGAAGAGAAAAUUAAAUAUAAUACACUGAUGUCUUUUCAUUUAAAUAGUUUGUUUUGGAUGCAUUUAAGAGUUCAAGGAGCAGACCCAGCAUUUCAUGAAAUCAGGAACGAGAAUGACAGGCUAAAGAAAGUAAUGGCCAGAGCUCAAGAAUUAUUCAAUUCCAAAACACCAGGACCUAGGAUUGAUGUCAAUGCCGCUAAAAGAUUUAUUAGAAGUAGUUUAUGGACACCUAAUAAUAAUGAUGAAGGUAUUAGUGAUGAAACGGAACCUGUGCAAGACGAUUUUGAGGAAAAUGAUUUUGAAAUUGUAUCUUAAUUAUUACUUUUAAGACUCAAUGUCAAUUUAUAUGAAUUAUUAAAAAUAAAUUAUUGUUUAU